AUGAAUCCCCACGCCGGUACACCGAAGUCCCGGGCUGAUACACUUGAAAUCGAAGUUCGUGACCUUCGCUGCAAGGUUGAAAUCCUUCAGCAACAGCUGAAGUCGAUUCAGGACGCAGCGUUGGCCCAAGAGGAGGCGAGAUUUGAUCUUCAGCAGCGGAUGGUUCAAAGUUCGUCAAAGCGUCCAGGAAAACGUGCAAGCAUGAACCUCCAUGACGAAGAUACAGACCAGGAGCUGCAGCGCCUCCGCCAGACCGUCGCAACCCAGGUGCAGCAGGUUGAAACUCUCCAAGAACGCAUGAGACAAUUUGAAGCUUGGAGGGGAAGAAGGGUCGCUUUCGAGAGGUCUAUUUCUGAUGAAGUUGAGAGACUGGAUGACCAGUGGCAGGAAAUGGCCAUCUGUAAGUACACUUCUAUUCCAAAGCUGGCACAUCAUGAAGAACAACUCUAA